AUGGACGAGCUGGAACGCCGCGCUGCCACAGCCUCGAUGCUCGGCUGCGUGCAGGCUCGAUCUGGCCUGGAGUCCGGCGGCCAACUCGCGGCAGCGGCUCCUGCUCUUAAUUACCCACAACAUGGCAAAGGACACAUGAAUGGAGACUGUGUGAAGCCGGAUCAGGGGCUGAGUCCAAAGACCAAGAAGGAAGCCCAGGAGGUGGUCGGCAUCUGGGGCAGAACCGCUGCCAUCGGCUCGGCUCUGCCGCCCGCUCGCGCCGCAGAAAACGCCGCAGCACAAAGCCGGGCCGGCCGCGAAGGUGUCAGCGGCGGGCGCGCGGCCGCGGGGGGCUGCAGGAGGAAGGCGCGGGCCGCGGCCGGGACCCUCGCGGCAGACAUGGACUUGCAUUGUGAUUGCGCCGCCGAAACGCCGGCCGCCGAGCCGCCGUCGGGGAAGAUUAAUAAAGCGGCUUUCAAACUGUUCAAGAAGAGGAAGCCGGGUGGCACCAUGCCCAGCAUCUUCGGGGUCAAAAACAAAGGGGACGGGAAGGGCGCGGGGCCGGCGGGGCUGGUGAGGAGCCGGACGCACGACGGGCUGGCCGAGGCGCUGGUGCUGGAGGGCGGCCGCCGCGAGGGCCGGCCGGCCGAGAACGUCUCCGGGCCCGGGGACGCGCCGGCCGAGACUGCGCCCCGGGCCGACUCCGAAGGCGGCCGCGCGCCCGCCGCCCCUGACCCUUCCUCGGUCGAUCCACCCUCAGACCCAUCGGCCGAUCGUAUUUGUCUGAUGUUUUCUGACGUGACUUCAUUGAAAAGCUUUGACUCUCUUACAGGCUGCGGAGAUAUUAUCGCAGACCCCGAGGACGAGGCAGGUCCCAGCUGUGCCAAGCAUGCCCCCGGGCCAGGUCAGCCAGCCCCCUCCAAAAAGACCCCGGGCGUGGUGGCCUACCAAGGAGGCGGGGAGGAGAUGGCGAGCCCGGCCGAGGCGGACGACUCCUACCUGCAGGAAUUCUGGGACAUGCUCUCCCAGACCGAGGACCAGGGAUCAGGGCCCCAGGAGGGGGCGGCCACAGCGGCCGCAGCGCCAGAAACCCCGGUGGCACCCGAGACCCCCAGAGACGCCAGGUGUGCGGAGGGUGCCCAGGACGCGUCCUCGGUCAAGCGCCGGAGGCUCAACCGCAUCCCCGCGGAGCUCCCCGCCAAGGAGGAGCCCCAGCACCCGGAGAAGGAGCCUCCGGAAGGCGCCCCCAACGGUGACGAGGGCCACUGGGACUCCAGCACCCCUGGGCCCGAGGAGGACAGCUCGGGCGGCGCGAGGAAGGCGGGCCUCCCCCGGGACAGCGACAGCGGCGACGCGCUCUACGAUCUCCACGUGGAGCCCGAGGGAAGCCCCGCAGCCCUUCCCGCCGCCAGCGAGGAGGCGUCCAGCUUGUCCCGGCUGAAACCCGUGUCCCCGGGCACCAUCACGUGCCCGCUGCGGACGCCGGGCAGCUUGCUGAAGGACUCCAAGAUCCCUGUCAGCAUCAAGCACCUCGCGACCCUGCCAUCCAGCCAUCCGGCCGUGCACCAGCAGCCAGCCAGGAGCGAGAUGCCCAGAACAAAAAUCCCGGUGUCCAAAGUGCUGGUCCGCAGGGUCAGCAGCCGGGGCUUGGCCGGGACCACCCUCCGGGCCGCGGCGUCGUGCCACGAUGGUGCCAAAAAGUUGUGAGGCCUCCGAGGCCAAGGUGGAGGGGCCCCGUGUCAAGGAAUACAACUUUCCCUGGAAACUACUUCGGCAAGUUUCGCUUCCCGCUCAAGAAAGGCUUUUCCAAUAGGCCCUGCUCCCGCGCCUGCACCGAGGAGGUCUUUGUGCCGCCGGCAGGGGCGGGACACACUGCAGAGGGGAAGCUUCACUCGGGCUUCUCCCCUCAAAAUAGAUCCCCGAGAAUUAUUUUCAAGCACGCUUUUUCCUUUUUUACCUUUUUUACAAAUCUUUUUCUUUUUUUUUUCUUUAAUGCACUGAACACUCGGAAGUCACCUUUACUUGCCUUUGCAGAAAGCAGGACUUCAAACCUAAAUGCGCAUCAGGCCGUGAUAUUUGUCUGUGCCAGGGUCCAGCGGGCCUGGAGGGACCGCCGGGAGAACCAGAGGGGCCCUCUUCUUCCUGACACGUCCCUUCCUUCCUUUUCCUUUCCAGGAAAAAAAAAAAAGACCCUUUGCUGUAUCACUGUGUGGAAAACACCUACGGAACUGAAAGAGACAGGUAUUUACCUGAUGAGCGGAGGGAUCGCUGAUUGGCAGGAAACCUGCCGACUUUCGGUUGCUAGGUAUGCAGACAGGCAUUUAUCUACCAACGAUGGAGGAGAGUUUGGGUUUGCUGGGUUUAUUUAGAUCAUUUGGGGAGAAAUAAAAUGCUCAGCAGAGCAGGGUCCCCCACCCCUACCCCCACCCCACCCACCCAGUGCAGAAUUCAGGAUCAGGGGAAGAUUUCACUAGAUGCCAACAGACACAGUGCUUCAGCAUUUAUAAGCUGUAACCUCUUCAUGUGUAGAUAAUACAUACUUUACAGAUUAUCCAGCUGUUAACAUUUUAUAAUCCGUCCAUAACCUCGAGUUUAAAAUCUGGUUUUAUAGCUCGACAUGAAAACCGGUCCCAAACCAUUGAUGUUCUUUUAGGUCCUAUAAACCGAAGCAAUUCUGUUUCUGUUUUAGAUGGGUUCUCUGGCUUUCAGUGCAGGAAAAAAAAUCUAUUGUGUUGAUGUCCCAAAGGAAUGGUUCUGCCUUGUCUUAGGUAGGAGUCUGUUUGCUUUUCACCCCAGACCCUGGUUUUCAGAUCUUGGUUAUAAAAUUUUUGGAGUCAAUCAUUUCUCAGUGUGGGGGAACACGUAAAGAAAAACCAUAGAAAAUGUCGUUUUGCCUGUCCUUUGACUUCCGUUUUAUAGAUUUAGGACUGAGACAUGUAUGUUCAGAACAUGACACUUGGGAAUCUUAUGCAUAAGAAGUAUCUUGUGCCAAGAUGAUUUUUGAAAAGUGGUUUACUUACAUGUAUGUUUCCUGUUAUUUUAGAUGAAGCUUUCAUUUCAGAAAGGGUUACCAAAUGCCAUGAUAGUUUGAAUGAUCAACUCAAUUGGUUCCUAGAAUGCUGUUAGGGUCUAAUGAUUAUAUAGUAUCCUCUGUGAAAUGCACUUAAGCGCAUUUAAGCAAGAGACCAGGGCUUCCACUAGGAGAGAAUUCAUGGUAUCAGGAAGAUGAGACAUUUUCCAGUGCAGCUGCACACACGUAAAAGACAUACACACUUCUGGAUAACUCUCAUUUUCCGGAGAGAUUCCCUAAGUAGUGAACUGAUUGUACAUGCUUUUUAAAUUUGUUCUCUGUUUUGCAAAGGAAAGAACCAGGCAAGUUAAGUAUGUGAAAACCUACUUUAGCAAUCUGAAGGAAGGAACGAACAGACGUCAAAGGAAUACAAAUCUGAGGCCAUAGCACAAAGCAGGUUGUUUUCCAUUUCAAAUCUGCAGUGAUUCCAUUAGAAGAGGUGGUAGAGAUUUGCUGAAUGUCUUUAUUAUUCAGAUGACUGGCUUUUAUUGCAUCAUGUCAGAUCUUUAAUGUUAUUUCAAAGUAGUGCUUUGAUAUUUAAUUGCCUUGGGUCUAUAGAUGAGGUCCUGUAGGCAGACAGCCUUCAGCACUUGGAGUCUACCACUAGGAAUUCAUCCAGCAGCCCACACACUUCAUGUGCUCACGCACGCAGCUGUGCACAGCUAACAGACAAAGGCGUUCACUGUGAACUUGGAGAUAUUUUAGGAAUCAGUUCUGUCUGGAGAAGGGGAUUUAAAUUGGAUUCAACACCCAUAGUACAAGGUAGACUCAAAAUAUGGUCAUUUCCCCGUAGUGAAUGGGAAGACCGUAAAUGUUAUUCUAGCUGUAAAACAAAAGAUCUUUAUUUUCUUCUGGUUCAUCUUCUUGCAAGGGUUACAUUCUUCUCCGCAUGAAUCCAUGACAGAGUUAUAUUAGUUCAUCUGUUCAGUUGCACAGGGAAGGGAGGAGGACCCGAAGGACUGAUGAGAAUAUUGUCAUAGGAAAGGCAACCUAUUUAUCUAUUUUGUAAGCCCUGGAACAAACUAUUCUUGCCUUCACAGUUUGAGACUUAUUUCUGCAUUUACACCACUGUGCUGUUUUCUUUUUAUAAGUAAAGAAAAUGUCAGCCACGUCUACCUUAAUUUCCCCUUGCCUGUCACUUAACCAGUUACACAAGGUUUAAAAUACUUUCUUCUCAUUCUUUUUGCCAUAUAUUUUCUGUGUUUUUUCGCUCUCUCUCUCUCUAAGAAUUACACCUGCACCUGUCAAAUGAAGGAUUCAGACAAUAAAUUAAAUGGCCUCAAUUGCUUGAUGGGAACUCAGGACCAGUGCAGGAAGGUGUGUCUUAACCUUUUCCAACCACAGACAAGGGAUGUAGUUGCCUUUUUGUGCUAAGGGCUACUUUCUCUCAUUCAUGGAGAUUUUUCUAGAAUUUUAAUAGAUUUACAUUCCAAUUAAUGUGUUCUCUAAUUUGGCCAUAUUUGCUGAUUUUUUUUAAGGAAAGCGUUGGAUACGGCCUAUCUAUGAUUCUGAGAUACUUGUUGAUUAAGUCGCUGUAGUCAAAGAGCUGGCCAGAUUAUAUGGGAAAAGGUCCACUCGGUUGUUGUUGGCCCUGAGUUCAUCAGUCAGCGUAAUGGCUUUGCACAGAGACAGCCUGACUUCAAUACCUGCGCUCCCCGGACGGUGUUACUCUGCUUCAGUACUGAUGCUUUUGUAUUUCCGCUAGCACCAGCGAGGAGAAACUGCUGACGGCCUUCUGCAUAGUCACAGGAGGAAACAGACUUUCAUGAUCUCUCCCAAUAACUACAACAGAAUAGAGAACCACUAAGGGCUUCCUUUAGAUCCGCUUCCCACAGAUUAUCUGCCUACUUAAAUGCAAAGUGUGCGAUGUGGUAGGAAAGUGAUGACUUACCGAGUUCGAAGGGUUUAUUCAUUAAUCUCAGAAGUAGUGUUCAGGGAUUUGCACUGACAUGAUUCUUCACAUGACCUUUCACCUACACAAAAAGUAAAUCAUCAAAAGGAAAGUUACCAAAGUAAAGAGACGGUCUCAGAUACCAAGAUGUCUUUGGCUGAGCUUUUCUGAGUUCUCGCUGUUUACGUCUUGGUCAGACUAAUUUCCGGCAACUUUUUACCGUGAACUUUGUACGAAGAGAUUGGUUAGGGUAGCUUUCUGUCCUUGCCCUUGGCCUCUGCCGUGUUUGUGCGGUGCCCUCAGGUGGCAGUCCGGGGCUGCUGCUCCUGGUGUUUGUCUGUUUUCACAUCCGUACCGUGGAACUCAGUCCCCGCUUGUAGUCACUGUAGGUUUCUCUCCUGAAUUAGAACUAUGUGGACGUGGCCCCUGUGCUUGGCGUCUACUGAGCAUGUCCCUGGACAGUCACAGAGACUUAGCUCCCCUUAUGAUUGUUAAGAAGUUAACCCAAGGAUUUUAGACCCUUAAACAGAAGGAAAAAGCAUCACCAUUGUGUGUAUUUAGCACCACUGAGGGCGGCCCAUUAGAAGGACCUGGAUGAGGGUGAAGGUAGAGCUCAGGGGAAGAGCAUGGGCUUAGCAGGCACGAGGUCCUGGGUUCCAUCCCCAGCACCUCCACUGAAAAAGAUAAAAAAUAGAAGGACCUGGAUGAAACAAGGAGAGAAACCCAAAUACCACCGCCCGAUCCCAUUUCCCUCCCCCGAUGCAGGCAGACAGGGAACACACGGCACAGGUCUCAUUUAUUCUUCUUCAGGAGUUUUCAGUUCUCUGUGCACAAGUACUUAGAAAGCAGUGGGGACCCUGAGGCCAGUACGGCAGCCGGAGUCUCGUUCGGGGAAGCGCGAGGCCAGCACUUCCUUUCUGAGAGGAGGCGGCUGUAAUGUUGUCGGGUGGUGUGGGCGUGCGGCCCCUCCCCCAGGGCAGGGAUUGAUCCUGCGACCCUGUCCUGCCCUAGAGAGCCUCUGAUGACUCAUGGCUGUCCUGGAGCCUUCUCACAGCCUUCUCACUGUGAUGACCAUUGAAAGGAGACUGUUUGUUGCAACAAUAGCCACUUACAAGGAAUGUUAUCUCCCUACAGAUGAUGUUUCAAAGGAGAGAUUCAGAGUGGGAGUUUCAUGAUUAUGGAAAGGAACUCCUUUUCAAACCGAAAAACAAAAGAUUAAAACAGCCACAAAGCCCCAGCACUGGAACUGGGCACAUUUUAUGACUGAUACUUGCUUUAACUCAAUGCACCACGUAUUCAGGGGCAUAGACUGUACCUAGGGCUUCACAAAACCCCGUUCCGUUAGGAGCCCCCACGUAACUGCGCUGGAAUCAGAGAUUCUUUGUAGUCAUUACAAACCCCUUUAUUUUACUUUACCUCCUUUUAUUUUGUAUUUUUUGCUCGUAGUUUGUGGGCUGGAGCAGAGUAGCGUGAGAUCGGACAGGGGUAGUGUCGAAUAGGUCACGCGAAGUCCUCUAAAAAUAAUCAUUGUAACAAGGCUGACCGUGUGCUGGGUGCUUGCUCUUGCCAACCUCUCCCAGGAGCUUUGCAGGUACUUAGUGCUCUCAGCAGCCAUGUGGGCAAGGCGACGCUAUGUCCCUAACAGGGCACACGGACUUCAUCCUUUGUUCCUAGUCUAUUCCAUCCGUCUGUCCGUCUGUCUGUCUAUCCACCCAGUCUCUGGGACAGGGAUAUAUAUACACUCUUGAGUGACUUACAGUAAUACCAGAGCUGAUACCAAUACUGCUUAAUCUCAUCACCAGCUCACUCUCAGUAGGGAAAGAGCUAACGCAUGCCUCACGCAGCCGAGGGCUGACGCGCCCAUCCCUGGGGGAAGGCUGCCCCUGCCUACCCUUCGGAGACAAACAUCUGCCUCUCUUUGGAGGAAUCCUCGCCUUCGUGGGAUUGACUCCAGCAGUGUGGAUGGAAAUCUCUUCCGUUGUCAUGGCGAUGCUCCUUCCCUGAUGGGGUUUCAGUCAUUCUGAGCACGUUUUGUUUUCCCACCUUACGCCCAGUCUAGGCUGGUUCUGGGUGUCCUGUGUUGUCUGUUUGAAUAGUAGGGAGCAGCGUGACCCCUCCCCUUGACACAAUUCCACACUGCAGGGGAAGCUCCUGUCUCUGGUCUUGAAUCCUGGCUUAGGUGUUCUGAUUCGUUAAUUCCUUCAACUAAUAUUUACUGAGCACCUCUAAGUCAGUCGCUGUGAAUUUGAAUAUUUUAUAUUUAGUUAAAAGAACGGAGCAUAAACUUUGUGUUCAAGCCGGGAUGAUGCUCUGUGUUCUCUGUUAUAGUCCUGUUCACGGGAACCAGGCGAGGUGGGUAGCACUCUAGUCUACAGAGGAAGAAAAUGAGGAAAAGGAAAAUUUUUGUCCUAAGUCACUCAUUUAAUAAGCAGAGGACAGAAUAUGAACCAGAAAUCUAGCUCUCUGGCUCAUGCUUCAAUUAUAAAUCUCUUUUAGCCGUGUGAGUCAGCUUUUAUGCGACUUAUUUUUGGGAAGAAACUGAUAAAGGUUCUGAACGGCGAGAGCCAAAUCAGAUUUGUAUGAUUGUGGACACCACUAAAAUUUCGACCGUUUUAGUUAAAAGUGAACGUGGCUUUUUGAAAAAAUUACUUGCUGGCUGUUGUACACACAAGUCUUAAAGGUAGAUCUCAGAGCUACAGGGUUUGUUUUCUCACCUGGCAAGUCAAAAUUUGGGGCCAUGUUCACCAGUUAGGUUAGAGUUAGUUACACGCUAGCAGGUCUGCAUGCAGAUGUUAUAAUCUGAUGACUGCUUUGUCAAUAAUGAAACAACCAAAGCAGUUUCAGCAGUGAAUCUGGCAGAGUUUCCUUCCACUCUGUUAUUUGGAUGCCACUCUCUGUAUUUAAGGAAAAUCACUUUGCAAUUGCAUCACACAAUUAACGAGGUUAUUUUGUUCAUAUAUGGGCUGCCUACACUUGGUAAAAUGCUUUUUUGAUGAGAUGCAGUGAAAGAAGUCAGUAACAGGUGGUCCUUCCACCAAAUUGUAAACUGGGAUAAUUUUUGUCAAUAUCCAGUAAUUGAGUAGAGUAAAUUUCUGCACUAUGUGAGGAAAUACAUUUUUUAAUAAAAUACAACCGAGGUCACUGGUUAUUGGAGGCAUAAUAAACGUCUCAGACACCUUCCUGGGUCGUUUAGUAAACUAAAGCAGGAAAUGCUACGAAUACCUGGUCAUGUUGCACAGGGGCCUCGAGUUGACACAGAGGAGAUGCUCGCUGUCGUGUCGUGAGAUGAAAUGGACCGGGAGGCCGGAGGAGGCUGUGAGCCUUCUCGGACAACUACAUCUCAAUGCUUACCCCCCCACACACACUGACUUCUGAGUAAAGGCAGAGGAGCUCUAACAUUUUGAUCGCUUCCAGGAUAAGUUUAACUGAACUUAGAGGAUCUGAUGGUGGUAUUUUUUUAUCAGGAAUAUCAGGGAAAAUGGCUCAGAUGUUAUAGACAAAGUGAGUUCCUGUCCUUUCUUCAUGGGCUGCAGCUGCCUGCCCGGCUCGUUGCUAACUUCUGGUUUUGCCCAGAUUAUUUAUAUGAAAUAUCUCAGUGUCAUACAGGGAAAUGCAGGUUGUUUGGGAAUAAAGACAAGGAAAACCCAGAUGAGAAGCUCUGUUUCUGUAACUAGUUUUCCUGCAAGUUGGCGUGUCCCUGAGGACGGGCUGUGGGCUGCGUUAUUUUUGUGCACAGGAGGGAAGCUGUUAGUAGGGUGAUAGAUAUUAUUUUUGUAAUAGAAUGUUAAACGCCCCCAAACAUCACAAAUUGUCCCUAGAACUACUCUAUGUUUUUAAAACUUGUUUUAAAAAAAAGGGUUCUAAAUAGCAAUAGGGUCUUUUCUCCUUUCUCCACUCCGAUGGUUUAAUGGGAUAAAUGAACCAAUGUUUAUAUUUUUAAACCUGUAAAUAUUUUAUUUUGGGUAUUUUGUAUAUUUGUUGAGAUACUUCCAUUGGGUGCAUACGGACCAUCAUGCAUGUUUUUGAUAGUCACUCUUUUCAUGAAUGUGAGAGGCUUGGACUAAUAGCACUUUCCUUGUUUCAUUCAAACAUCUUAAAAUGAACAUACAGCACUGCCAUUUUAAAUGUUGUGUUUAAUUCAGUCAAUAAAUUUUGUUGAUCCUUUACAUUGAA